GCGCAUGCGCACUGAGGCAUUCCUGCUGACGCGACUCCGACGAGGCGAUUUACGGUCCCGCCUGGGUGUUUUUAACGCAUUCAAUGUUAAAAUAACACCGCAGCAUCAGGACACCGAAACACCAGCCGGUUCACAGCUGUUCCUCUGAGUGACGUGUACCGCCGUGCGCGCCUCCUGCCGCCGGUGCCCGCGCUGCGCGGGUGUGUGUGUGAUCGCGAGAGCGCGCUCGUCGUGGCCGGGGCUUUGAGCAGCACGAGUGUGUGUCCCGUUAACGUCGGUCAUGUCCAAACUGGAGCAGAUCCUGAUCCUCGAGCCGUCGAGCGACCUCCGCUUCAGAGGACCUUUCACAGAUGUGGUGACCACUAACCUGAAGCUGAGGAACCCGUCCGACAGAAGAGUAUGCUUCAAAGUCAAGACCACCGCCCCGCGCCGGUACUGCGUGCGGCCCAACAGCGGCAUCAUCGACCCCGGGGCCACGGUCACCAUCUCCGUUAUGCUGCAGCCGUUCGAUUACGACCCCAAUGAGAAGAGCAAACACAAGUUCAUGGUUCAGACCAUCUUUGCCCCGUCCAGCAUGUCAGACCUGGAGGCCAUGUGGAAAGAUACUAAGCCGGACGACCUGAUGGACUCUAAGCUGCGCUGUGUGUUUGACAUGCCUUCAGACAAUGAUAAGAUGAGCGAGCUGGAAUCCUCCAAACCUGCGUGUGUGCUGAACUCCUCGAAGGCGGAGGCUGCGGCGGGACUCAGAGGCAGCAGUGUGUCCAUGGACGACACCGAGAAGAGGAAACUGCUGGAGGAGAGCCGCAGACUGCAGACGGAGGUGGGGAGACUGACGGAGGAGAACCGGCAGCUCAAGGAUGAGGGUGUGCGCAUGCGUCGGUGUGUUCCUCUCAGCUCCUCCUCCAUGCUCAGUAAGGACUCCUCCUCCUCCUCGUCUUCUUCUCGAUGUCUGCCAUCACUGCUGGUACUCAUCGCCGCCGUCUUCAUCGGAUUCUUCAUCGGGAAGUUUGUGUUGUAGAGUGUGUGUGUGUGUGUGUGUGCGGAGCGGACCAACCCUGCAGCAGCGGAGCCAAUGUGUCCGUGUACAGGAUCAUCACACGGGCCCAUCACACACACACACACACACACACACUCUCUUAAAUAUACACACACACACACACACACACACAUAUAUACAUACACAGACACACAGAAGAAAUCUCACACUCUCAGUGACACACACACACACACACACUGUCAGAAGCGGCCCGGCGUCUCGCUUCUCCUGUUUUCCGCUGUCUGUGGGGUUUUCUGGGGUCUGGAAGAAGGAAUGGUCCAUUAUCUGGAGCGUGUGUGUGUGUGUGUGUGUGUGUGUGUGUGUGUGUGUGAGUGAGUGUGUGUGUGUGUGCGCAGGCCUGGAAAGCCGCUGUCAGUCAAUAAAGGAGCUGUUUCUCUCUCUGUCUGUGGUUUGUUAAUGGGAUGUGUUCAUGUUCUUUGGAUUCUGGUGAGGAGAUGGGAAAAGCAGACACAAUCUCACACACACACGCAUGCACGCAUGCACGCACGCACACACACACACACACACACACACGUACGUGCUGAAGAAUGAGCCUUGCCAACGCCUGCACAUCGUUUGGAGUUUUCUUUAUGCAAAUGUUGAGUGAAUAAGUGAGCGUGAGCGUGUGUGUCUCCUGUGCUGUUCCACAUGCUGAAAUAAAGAUCUUCAACACUC